UUCAUUCAUUGGAACUUUCGAAGAUCAACUGAGAAUCAUGUCUGGACGAGGAAAAGGAGCCGGUAAGGCCAGAGCGAAGGCAAAGACCCGAUCCUCCCGGGCCGGGCUUCAGUUCCCCGUGGGUCGUGUCCACAGACUCCUGAGGAAAGGAAACUAUGCUCAGCGUGUCGGUGCCGGAGCCCCCGUCUACCUAGCAGCCGUGCUCGAAUACCUGACCGCUGAGAUCCUGGAGUUGGCCGGCAACGCUGCCCGCGACAACAAGAAGACUCGUAUCAUCCCCCGUCACCUGCAGCUAGCUGUCCGCAACGACGAGGAGUUGAACAAGCUGCUGGGAGGAGUGACCAUCGCCCAGGGAGGAGUGCUGCCCAACAUCCAGGCUGUGCUGCUGCCCAAGAAGACGGAGAAGGCCGCCAAGAAGUAAACACUGACCUGAUACAAUAAACCAAAGGCUCUUUUAAGAGCCACCCACUGGCACUAUACGAGGAAUCCGCUACUAUAUUGGCAUUGCUCUUAAUUAAACUGAUUUAUUAUUUUAUACUCAU